CUUUCCCCAUCCCAUCCCCACCGACAAAAGCUAGUCCAAGCUCCCAUCAGAACCCCGCGCACCACUGGUUCUUUUUCUUAUCACGUUAUCUUCACCAGCCACCUCGUCACACGCCCAGCAUGACAGCAGACUCGCUCCUCGACCGCCUCAACCGGGACGGUUUCGUGGUCAUCCCGUCUGCCAUCCCGCCGCCCCAGGUCGCCGCCCUCCGCUCCGCAGCACAGCACUCGGCAGCGCACGCCCGCGCCGGCAACUGGCCCCACGUGCGCACCCUCCCCAAGCAAUUCCCCCCCUGGCCUGUGUCCGGCCCGAACCCGGCCGCGCCCGGCAUCUGGGGCGUGCAAGGCCUCCUGCACCCGGACAUGCCGGGCCGCGAGGCGUACACAUCUCUAUACUUCUCGGACGCGAUCCUGGCGCCGACGCGUGAGCUCCUAGGCUGCGAGGACGACGCGCUCGUCAUGGAGCUGUGCAACCUCCUGGUGCGACCCGACCGCGACUUUGAGCUGCGCUGGCACCGCGACGAUGUCCCGGACUCGGCGACGGCCGACGAGGAGGUGGCUCGCCUGCUGGGCUCGGGCCCCGCCCGCUCGGCGCAGUGGAACCUCGCGCUGUACGACGACGAGAGCCUCGUCGUCGUGCCGGGGUCGCACCGCCGGGCGAGGACGGACGAGGAGAGGGCGGCGGGCCCGUAUGAGCCGGUCUUGCCGGGGCAGGUGGUUGUGCGGCUCGCUGCUGGGGACGCGGUGUUUUAUAAUAAUAAUAUCUUGCAUAGGGGUGUGUACGACUCGGGCAGGGAGCGCAUGACGGUGCACGGGAGCGCGGGCCAUGUCGAUGGAGCGGCGGAGAGGGCGAGGAAUGUCCUGCAGCAUGGGUGCAGGGACUGGAUUGACCGGUGCGACUUUGGUUUCCUCGAUGAGGGGACGCGGGCUAAGGCGGAGAAGAUGCGGGAGAGGCUGAUCAGGAUGGGGAGGGAGCAUGGCGAUGUUGGGUAUUCCCUCGAGGGCUAGCGUGUGUGGCAGGGAGCUUGUACGCUUGUAAUCUCGAGAUGCUGUCGUGUUGAGACUUUGGAUGGAGAUUUCGAGGGCCGCGUUCGGGUGUUUUCCACAACGGACUUCUUGACUCACUUCACACAUUGUGUGGAAGCGCAAAAUCUAUGGGCUGAAAGCUAGAAUGGAACGAGGCCUGUUAAGGAGCCCGAGUUCACUCGCCGCCAAGAAUAGUUCAGGAGGCUAGGCCCCGAUGGUCUAUUCAGAUGAUACGACAGGGAAUUCGACGGACUGGGGCAUCUUGUUGGUUGUCCCUAAGGGGACUUGAAUAUCCAACAACGACGACAAGCGCACCCUAGGUCAACAUACAUACACUUUAAC